CCGCUCAGUUAAACGUCAUUACCGCGCGCCGUCAGGGAGCGCGUCAGAGGCCGGACCACGUGUACUGUGUUGACUGUCAAAGUCUCUGGGAGCCCCAUUUCCGGAAGCGGUGAGUUCUGAGAGAAGUUCCUGCACCAUAGUUCCCCAAGUCUGCGAGUCUCCAACUAUGAGCGCCUCAGGAGUACUGUCCUUUACCCAGCAAGGAUGGGAGCAGGUGCUGGCCAAAGUGAAACGGGCUGUGGUUUACUUGGACGCCACCUGCGUCGAAUGCCUGCACUGGGGCUGCGGAUCCACCCGUCUCCUAGAGGCUGUGGGGAGUCCUGAGUGUCACCUUCGAGAGUUCGAGCCCGACGCAGUUGGUGGUGGAGCCAAGCAGCCCAAGGCGGUGUUUGUGUUGAGCCGCCUGCUGAAAGGCCGGACCGUGGAGAUCCUACGGGACAUCAUCUGCCGCAGUCACUUCCAGUAUUGUGUGGUGGUCACAGCCGUGAGCCAUGCUGUCCACCUCACAGCUAAUCAUGUCCCAGCGGCGGCAGCGGCCGAGAUGGAGGGGCAGCAGCCGGUGUUCGAGCAGCUGGAGGAGAAGCUGUGUGAAUGGAUGGGCAACAUUAAUUACACCGCUGAGGUGUUCUAUGCCCCGUUAUUGCUUGCCCCUGUCGCUCCCCACCUGGCGUUGACUCCAGCCUUUGCAUCCCUUUUCCCACUGCUACCCCAGGAUGUGCAUCUCCUUAAUAGUGCCCGACCGGAUAAAAGGAAGCUGGGCAGCCUGGGUGAUGUGGACGCCACUGCCCUAACCCCGGAGCUGCUCCUGCAGAUCAGGUGCCUGGUGUCAGGCCUCAGUUCUCUGUGUGAACAUUUAGGAGUACGGGAGGAGUGUUUUGCUGUAGGUUCCUUAAGUCGGGUCAUCGCUGCGGAUCUGGCCAAUUAUGCCCCUGCCAAGAACAGGAGGAAGACUGCUGCGGGCAGGGCAUCAGUGAUUUUUGUGGACAGAACCCUGGAUCUCACAGGAGCAGUUGGACAUCAUGGAGACAACUUAGUAGAGAAGAUCAUAUCAGCACUUCCCCAGCUCCCAGGCCACACAAAUGAUGUGAUGGUUAACAUGAUAGAGCUCACUUCACUCCAAACUGAGGAGGAAAAUUAUAAUGUGGUUGCACCAGGCUGUCUUGCACAAUCCAAUGACACCACAGCCAAAGCCCUGUGGGAAGCUUUACUGAACACCAAGCACAAAGAGGCAGUGAUGGAGGUUCGGAGACAUCUAGUGGAAGCGGCAAGCAGAGAGAACCUGCCAAUCAAGAUGAGUAUGGGGAGAGUCACGCCGGGACAGCUCAUGUCCUAUAUUCAGCUCUUCAAGAACAACCUCAAAGCUCUAAUGAAUCAUUGUGGACUCCUCCAGCUUGGGCUGGCCACAGCUCAAACGCUGAAACACCCGCAGACUGCCAAGUGGGACAAUUUUCUGGCUUUUGAAAGGCUCCUUCUUCAGAGCAUUGGGGAGUCAGCAAUGUCUGUGGUGUUAAAUCAGCUGUUGCCCAUGAUUAAGCCUGUAACCCAGAGAACCAAUGAGGACUACAGCCCUGAGGAACUGCUGAUCCUUCUCAUAUAUAUUUAUUCUGUCACUGAAGAGCUCACAGCAGACAAAGACCUGGGUGAAGCAGAAGAAAAAGUCAAGAAAGCAUUGGCUCGGGUCUUUUGUGAGGAGUCUGAAUUGUCACCUUUGCUGCAAAAAAUCACAGACUGUGACUCUUCAAUUAACCUGACGUUUCACAAAUCCAAAAUUGCCACGGAUGAACUCUUUACUUCACUUCGGGAUAUUGCCGGAGCUCGGAGUCUCAUGAAACAGUUCAAGUCUGUGUAUGUUCCUGGAAACCAUACCCACCAGGCAUCUUAUAAGCCAUUGUUGAAGCAAGUUGUGGAGGAGAUAUUUCAACCCGAGAGGCCAGAUUCCGCUGACAUUGAACACGUGUCUUCAGGCCUCACUGAUCUCCUUAAAACUGGAUUCAGCAUGUUCAUGAAGGUGAGCCGGCCUCAUCCUAGUGACCACCCACUCCUGAUCCUCUUUGUGGUAGGUGGGGUCACAGUCUCUGAAGCCAAAAUGGUCAAAGAUCUUGUGGCGUCGUUGAAGCCAGGAACCCAGGUAAUCGUGCUGUCCACACGACUCCUGAAGCCACUUAACAUUCCUGAGCUGUUAUUUGCAACUGACCGACUGCAUCCAGACCUUGGCUUCUGAGCAUCCACUUAGAAGAUAAGACCUACUCAAGCUGGAAAUGCCAAUACAGUUUUCUGCCACCAUUCCAAGUACUCCUCCACAACCAGCGUCCCUGUCACUGAUUGCGAGUAUGACCGAAUUCUGCCUAAAGGGUCCUGAUACCUACACAGCGAGGUACUUUGCUUGGAUUGCUGUCGUUCUUAAAAAAAAAAAAAAAAGGUUUUUUAAAUUUUCCUGAAGGUGACAAUCUGUCUUUCAGCUAGUCUAAUUCGUGAUCAUUUCCAUUUAUCCUUAACCCUCUGUGAUCUUCCUGAUUCCACCUACAAGUUCAUUAAUUCUAAAUAAAAGGCUGUUGGCACGUGUUGGUCCAUUACAACUCUUUUAAUUUGAAGUUGCUCGAGAAGUUAGACAUGCUUUCGAAUUAUGAGUGUGAGGAAAGUUUGGUGUUCCUUAGGAUUAUAUAGCUGAGAAGGUAACAUUGCAAAUAGGGUCUGAGGCUUUGUUUCUCUCUUGCUCUGAAACGUUUCUGAAAAGGCAAAGAAGGGAGGGGUAGUGUCUGGGACAGUGCUGGUAGCCUGCGUGUGUUGCAAAUUAUCCUGCCAUAACAAAGGACGGCAUUGUUCCAGCUGGCCCACUGGGCAGGUCUGCCAGGCUACUUAGAACUGGAAUGGGAAGGAGAUUGAUUCGAGGGCUAUCUGUGUAUAAAAGGUUUCCUCCCCUCCAAAGAAAGGCCCCAACACAAGCUAUCUGGUCCCAGGGAGUCUGAAUUGUAACAGCAACCCCUGUGGACUUUGCGGGUAUGAAUUUCUAUUGAAAUAUAAAGCUUUCUUUUCUGUAAGUGUAAGUUUUCCAUCUGAGCAUAGCAGAAAAACAUAGACCCACCUAGUGAAGUUACAUAAGAACUCCAGGAGAAAAAUGAACCGCUUGCAACUCACACAUUUGUAGCUAUAUGGUCGAUGGAAGUUUCUGGGAUCCAUGUUGGUAAUAACGAGAUAAAACUGAAAAGGUUUUUAUUGUGGAUUAAACAGGUAGAGAAAAUAAAAUGUAAACCAAACACUCACAUGUGUCUGAUUUUAGCUCUCUACAAAACACUGUCAUUUUCUGAAAGAACUGUGAAGUUGGAGACUGUUUUGAGAUGUAAGCAAAGCAGGAUGUUUGCAGACACAGACACGCUUUUUCUUGCCUAAGUAUGUUUUCCACACAAUAUCAGUUCUUUCAAGAGGAGACCUCAGGUGCUUUUCUCAUUCUACUAAUCUUAAAGUAUUGAAUUUGAAUAAGAAAGGAAAUGGUAAACAUUCAUUAGAAAUGUUCAAGCAGAGAUUAUUCUUUUCUAAAAUAAAAAAAUGGAAAGUAA